AUGGCUCACCCGCCGUACCUCUACAAUGUUGUGAGCCAUGACCGCGACGCCCGCUUUCCCGAGCCCAAGUUUGACCCUAAGGCCGUGACUCGAGCGAGCUGGGAACCGAAACCACGCAUACCGAAGCCUGAAGGACCUCUCAUUGUCUUCAAUCGCCAUCCCGAUGCACACUUGGUGCUUUCUCAUCGAUCCAACAACUAUGUCUCUCUCAGUCCAAGGAUGAAAAGUUGGAUCAAGUCCAUUCGGCUCGUUCAGCUGGGCCUGAGAGUCGUCGAACUCAUCGGAGCCGCUGGGCUCCUUGCUCUGCUCAUUUUGCUGACCAACAUUGAAACCCUCGCCAGCUGGGUCAUGCGUAUUACGCUGGGUGUCGCUACAGUGCACUGCCUGUAUGCCGUCUAUCACUUGCAGAGACCUGCCGGUGGUCGUAGCCCGACUUCCUCUACCGCUUAUCAGCUGUUCGCCAGCAUCUCGGAUCUAGGCAUUAUGCCCUUAUACGCAUACGGUGCUCUUAAUGCGCACAGCAGUGGCGCUGCAUGGAAGACGCGGCUUGCCGACCAAAGCCUGCUAGACUAUUUCGUCCCUGCUAUCUUUUACACAUUCAUCAGUGCUGGGAGCCUGCACCUCAUUUCCUUGUGCAUCUCUAUUUGGCUUGGCUUUAUGUUCCGCAAGAUUUCCCAGAUGCCUCCGGACAUGAAUCCCCUGGAAGACCAUCUCACAACCCGCGCCAAGCACAAGAAAAACAAAUCCAGUAUUGCGACAUCUGUAAGCGGCGAUAGCGAGAAGCGAAUGUCAACCCCCCUCGAGGAUCGGCGCCGAUCGGGUGCCCCAUAUGAGGAUGUAUCUCGACCUCCAAGUAUCCCCUUCCAGCGCACACGAGCCGGCUCCGACGCAUCCAGCUUCAACCGCGACUCCCUCGCCGAUUCGCCUGGCCGCCAAUACCAGAUCACCCCGGGUAAUCCUCCACGCAACUCGGCAGGCAUCAGCGAGUAUGCGCGUAUGUCUGCACCUCGCUCCUCAUACCGUGGUUCCUAUACUGAAGUCCCGCUUCACGAAACGAAUGCUCAGUCAUCCCGAUCACCUAUUUCCUCCGCUGCGAUGCUGGCGUCUCAGGGCGAUGGCCGCAACGCCGGAAAAUUUACAGAGACCUGGUUCGCAACGGACUCACUUAUUUCACGCACACAGAAACGGAAUCGUGCUAUGGAUGCUGCACUCGUGACGGAGCAGAAGAGAAAAAACAACAAGGCGUACGAGGCGCUCGGCCAAUCCUACGCCGCAGACAACUCUGACUCAGAGCGUGACGAGGAUGACCUCGUCGGCAGCGACUUCGAGAACGACGUCGGAAACAUAUCACACCCAAACCCAUUGGCAUCCAACCCUCACGCCACUCCGCCAAGAACCAAGACGCCAUAUUACUCUCUGAAAGAUACCGCAUUGUCGGAGGUGGACCUCAAUUCAGGAAGGGCUAGCGGUACGUUUGAUAUUGCCGACGAAACGCCUUCCUCGCUCGCCCCUGGUGCCUGGCCACGAAAUCGCGAUAGCUCCAUCCAGCCCGAGUCCGAUUUCUAUUCGAAGCCCUACGGCGAGCUGAAGCCUGCUACACCGCCCGUCAUGAUCGGAAGCAACCGAGUGGUGUCAUCUGGAAACGACUUCGAGAAGAACCAGUACUCUUCAGCCUAUGGACGACGCAAUGUGAGUAGUAAGGUUGCCGAAGAAGGCCUUGCCGUGCCAAAUGGCGGCUACUCGCGCUAUAGUGUUAUGUAG